UAAAUGUCAAAUCCAACACGUGUCAAGUGUCUAAAAUAAAAUCUGUAGUGUUGUUUUUCUAUAAUAUCUUUUAAUAAUGCCGCCUUAAUUUUUUUUUUAUUUUCUGUUAUAUUUCAUAACAUGCGACUUUUAAGAAACACAUAAUAUUUUAACGUUAUUACCUUGAAAAAUAAAAUAACAAUGUUGCGACGGCAGGCGCGUUUGCGCCGCGAAUAUUUGUACAGAAAAUCAGUGGAAGACAGACAAAAAAGUAUUCAAGCUAAGAAAGAUCAGUUAAAAAGAAGUUUGGAGGAGAACAUUCCUAUACACGGCGAUUUAAGGAAGGAAGCACUAGCUUUACAGAAGAAAAUUGAAUAUGAAGAUAAAGGACCAGAGCGUGCUGCUGUUAUUGGUGGCUUCAGUGGAGGCACCAAUACUCUCAACUCACAGGAUGAUGAAUAUAGAUAUGCUGGAGUUGAAGAUCCAAAAAUUAUGAUUACCACCUCUAGGGAACCAAGUGCAAGGCUCAAAAUGUUUGUAAAAGAAUUGAGAUUAAUAUUUCCAAACAGCCAACGUAUGAAUCGAGGUGGAUAUGAGAUGUCACAGUUAAUACAUGCUUGCAGAGCCAAUGAAGUCACGGACUUUAUUGUUGUACAUGAACAUAGAGGAGUACCAGAUAGUUUGGUAAUAUGCCACUUACCACAUGGACCUACAGCUUCAUUCACUCUGUCAGGAGUUGUAAUGAGGCAUGACAUACCAGAAAUUGGUCCAAUGAGUGAACAGUAUCCACAUCUAGUGUUUCACAAUUUCAAAUCUGAACUUGGUUUAAGGACAAUGAGUAUACUAAAGUACCUGUUUCCAGUACCCAAACCAGAUUCUAAGCGAGUAAUCACUUUUGCCAAUCAUGAUGACUAUAUCUGCUUCAGACAGCACACAUAUAGAAAGAAAGGCAAAGAUAUUGAUUUAUCAGAGAUUGGCCCGCGUUUCCAAAUGAAGCUUUAUGAGAUAAAAUUGGGCACACUGGAGGCACUAGACGCGGCAGACACAGAAUGGGCUCUCCGCCCUUACAUGAACACGGCCGCCAAACGCCGCUUCUUGAGUGAUGACGACGGCUGGCAACAGGAAGAUGAAUAAAUAUAUAUUUUUAAAUAAUAAA